UUUCCUGGACGAUUUGGAUCGGUUAGGUGCCAAAGAUUAUCAACCAACCGAACAGGAUAUUUUGCGCACUCGUGUCAAAACAACUGGUAUUGUUGAAGUGCACUUUUCCUUUAAAAAUCUUAAUUUCAAACUUUUUGAUGUUGGUGGCCAACGUUCGGAACGAAAGAAAUGGAUUCAUUGCUUUGAAGAUGUAACUGCGAUUAUAUUUUGUGUUGCCAUGUCUGAAUAUGAUCAAGUUUUGCAUGAAGAUGAAACUACAAACCGAAUGCAAGAAUCUUUGAAAUUGUUUGACUCCAUUUGUAAUAAUAAAUGGUUUACGGAUACUUCGAUUAUUUUAUUCUUAAAUAAGAAAGAUUUAUUCGAAGAGAAAAUACGCAAGAGUCCAUUGACAAUCUGUUUCCCAGAAUAUACAGGUGGUCAGGAAUAUGGUGAGGCAGCUGCGUAUAUCCAAGCUCAAUUUGAAGCGAAAAACAAAUCAACCUCAAAAGAAAUUUACUGCCACAUGACGUGUGCUACAGAUACAAACAACAUACAAUUUGUAUUCGAUGCUGUCACUGAUGUCAUCAUUGCUAACAAUCUCAGAGGUUGCGGUCUUUACUAAACACCCACACACACACUCAACAUAAAUGCAUUCAUUUCAACAAAAACAAAAACAACAACAAAAUUAAUUUCUAUAUAUUUUAUUGAAAAUAGCAGCAGACCCAAAAAACAAAAAACUAAAUUAUUUUAAAAAUUUAUUAAGAGUAAAACAAAAUAAAAAAAACAAAUGGUAAACAUCUAAAAAAAGAGAAAAAAACAAACAAAACCCACCAUCUUCAAAAAUAUUAGCAAACA